AUGCAUUGCACACAUACCUCGAAAUGUCUUGAUAUUGUCUGCCGGCCUUGGGCGCCUAGGACCAACACUGGUACAGGUCACGGAUCCCAGUACGGCACGUGGCGCAAGUCUGACAAACUGCCAUCCUGGAUUCGCCAGGUGAACCAUCUCCCUUUUGGAACGGACAGUACGACGGGACGCCGCAAUGGGGACUUGUUCAUCGGGCAUCCCAACCAGCCAUACUAUGCUACGGCGCUGGGGUCAGCCGCAAUGCCCAUUUUUGGAUACGUGACGGAGAGCGGGAAACGCGAGUUCAACGGCUCCAUGACAGUCAGCGGGUUUGUAGUGGGCGUGAUCAACAAAAUCAGCAGCCGCUCGCAAGGUGGUACUCUACCGGCCGACUGGAUCAAGUUGUUCAAGUGUCAGCAGGACGACGACGGCUACGACGAAAAUGACGAGAUGAACGACGAUGACGACAACGAAAGCGAUAAGACGGACUCUGUUCCCAACCACCUAUGGCGCACUCUGGUAGCCGACCGUGGACCAGGAGGGACAUCGGCCCCUCUGUGGUAUCACCAAGCUUGUCGGUACUGGCUCGGCGAGUACUCCGACGUCGAUAUUACUACAGAUAUGAUCCGCGACAAGAAGCUCCCGUCUAUGGCGCUCGAGUUCAUCCAGCGCGUCCGCAGCGUGAUCUGGAACCGGACUCUCUUCACCAUCACCGACUCUGAAAAUCGGCAGCUGUUUGGUCUCGGCCCGCCGAACGCCAAGGAGGUGCAUAGUAUCUGUGUGUUGCACGCCUGCAGCGUCCCGGUGGUCUUGCGCCAGGUUGGAGGUCAUUGGAGACUCGUAGGCGAGUGUUUUGUCUAUGGCAUGAUGGACGGCGAAGCAAUGCAGGUGAAGAAAUAUGUUGAAAGGACUCAGGAAUUCGUACUUCGCUGA